AUGAAGAAAGUUUCGUCUGAUCCCCCGUCAUCUCUAGAUCGCAUCCGCUCUUGGGCACGAUCCAAAGCGCAUGGCCCCUCUUCACUCUCCAACGCCGCGAGCAGACCGUCGAUUCUUCCCAUAACUUCCUCAGACCUCCCACAAGCAGAGACUCACCAACACAGUAAUCCGGAUAACGAUGUCGGCGGCAACAAUAACGCGACGCCCGAGCUGUCUCGUACAGCUCCCGGUUCCAACGUCGCAGCUCCAUCUCCACAGCCUUCGGGACCCGCAGCCGAUGAUGUCGUCGAUAAUACACCCUCUAUCCAUCCGCCACCGGCUCCAUCUUCGCAGGCUGAUGGGGAGGGGUCUGUCAUAAAUAAAGAGAAGCCCAAGGAAAAGAAUGUCGCUCUUCGAUUUUGGCUUACCAGCAAAACCAUUAUUCUAUCCAGUUAUAUUAACUUUCUGCUUGUAUUUGUCCCGGUAGGCAUAGCUGCAGAGGCAGCCCAUCUCAGCCCCGGGAUUAUAUUUGCUAUGAAUGCUAUUGCUAUUGUCCCUUUGGCAGGCCUACUCAGUCAUGCCACUGAAAGUGUGGCGAAGCGAAUGGGUGAUACCGUUGGAGCACUAAUGAAUGUAACUUUUGGAAAUGCGGUGGAGCUGAUCAUAUUCAUGUAUGUCUACCUUACGAGAGAUCAAGGCAAGAACGAGCGAGAAGCCCUCUUCAAGGCAUUAUCAUAUCAAUCGCGUCCCAUAUCCGUCCCUAUGAUUUUGCCCCCAUGCUUGUUCUUCAAUGAAAUCCGUAUUGUCCAAGCUUCCUUACUUGGCUCUAUCCUCGCGAAUUUACUCCUGAUUUUAGGCAUGGCUUUCCUGCUUGGUGGACUUCGAUUCCGAGAACAGAUCUACAAUAGUACUGUUACACAAAUGAGUGCAUGCCUGCUCAGCUUAAGUGUCAUGAGCCUGUUAUUACCAACCGCAUUCCAUGCAUCAUUUAAUACCUUGAAACAAGAAAAGGCCACCAAAGCCGUCUUGCAGGUUAGCCGUGGUACAAGUGUCGUCCUUUUGAUUGUCUACGGAAUGUACCUUCUGUUCCAGCUCAAGUCCCAUGCAUAUAUGUAUCAGAGCACCCCACAGCAUAUUCUUGACGAAGAGUGUGUUCCUGGCCCUGUAGCACAUUGGAUGGAAUCUUCAGACGACGAUGACUCCUCAUCAUCGAGUUCUGAUAGCGAUACGUCAAGUGGCUCGAAUACUACGGCAAAACGCAUAAAGAGAGUCAUGAGAGGCGGUCGACGACGCCGCAAGUCCAGCUCCGGAUCGAAAGACACGGCCGACAUGGGCGAGACUACUCGAACCCCUUCGCUAGGAACAUCUUCUCACACACCUGUGCAUACCGAUCAUUUUGAGGAGGCCCCACCCGGGGGCUCUACGAGCCAUCGCUUUGGCGCAAUCGUCUUUGCUGAAGAUGCCGAUGACGAGGCUCGCACAGCAAGUUGCCAACAUGGUAGUGGUGGAUGUUCCAAAAGGGACCGAAAACACUUGAGAAAGGUAAGGGAGAGGGAACGCCGACAUCAAAAGAAGGAGCGCAAAAGAGCUCGCAAGAACGAGCAUACUAUUGCUGAAAAUGCUGCUGAGAACCCCUUGGAUGAAAAAUUGGAUGAGGACCCUAAUGGCCCUCGUCGUGUGGAUUUCGCAUCUGCCAACGUCGACGAAAUCCAAACCGAUAACAAUAAGCGCCCUCGCACACUUCGUGGUCUAAGUCUCCGACCGGCAAUUCCAAGGACGUUCGCACAGAAUGUCUUCACCCAGCCCGCCUCAACUCCGCCCCUCGUACCGUCCGUUGGCUCCAUCCCUCGCGUCCGCUAUGGAAUUCGCCGCACCAAUUCCCUCCCGGAUCGUCUGAACCAAAUUCAUGGUGGCCUAGGCCGCCAGCCCUCUGGUGCUGCUCAGACACCUCAUAUCAACAGUCUUAGCGUUGCCGCAAAAGUGGAAGAUGAGGAAGAAGAGGAAAAUAUAUCCCGUACUACGGCUGUAGUCUUGCUGCUCGUCUCCACUGGCCUCGUUGCUGUCUGUGCCGAGUUCAUGGUCGACAGCAUCAGCGCUGUUGUGGCUGGAAAUUCAGGUGUGAGCGAAACGUUCAUUGGCUUGAUUAUCUUGCCCAUUGUGGGUAAUGCCGCCGAGCAUGUUACUGCUGUCACAGUAGCGACCAAAAAUAAGAUGGAUCUGGCUAUUGGUGUUGCCGUAGGGUCAUCCAUUCAAAUUGCGCUCUUUGUAACUCCAUUUGUCGUCCUCCUCGGUUGGUGUAUGGGCAAAGAAAUGUCCCUCUACUUCACUCUCUUCGAAACGGUCUCGUUAUUUGUCUCGGCUUUUAUCGUCAACUUCCUUGUGCUCGACGGCCGCAGCAAUUUUUUGGAAGGAGCACUCCUUUGUGCCGCGUAUGUCAUAAUCGCCGUGGCCGCCUUCUUUUAUCCUCCCAUUGAGGACCAGAGUAAUCUUGGUGGCAACGCUGAUGCAGCCAACAAGAUGAUUCGGAGCUUGCAAGCGACACACUCCGUGUCACGUGCCGCCCUCCCACCCAAAACCGCGAAAUCUGGCAACGGUGACCUGCAACGUCGCCAACGCAGCUCUGGUCACCUCAACACGCCAGCUUCACCUCCAGUAUCAACCCUUCAACCCGCCGACUUACUGCUCGCACGCCCAAACCAGCCAGUUCACCUCGUUCUGCGCCCCGUGUCGUCGCCCAUCAUGGUGUACGACUGGGAGAACAAGGAGGAGAUAUGCUAUCGCAUGUAUAUCGAGGAGAAAAAGUCGCUCGAGGAGAUCAUGGAUUACAUGAAGGAGGAACACAAGUUCGCCCCCAGUUGGGGCAGCAAACGUGCGUUCCAAACCCAGUUCAAACGAUGGGACUUCCCCUCGAAGCAGAAUCCGGCACACAAAAAUGCCGCCCUCGUGCAGCGCGUCAAGGAGCUAUGGGACUGCAACACCUCCCAGCGGGAUAUGCUCAAGGCCCUCAACGAUGAGGGCUUCGAUAUCAAGGAGCGGGAGCUUAUGCGUGUCCGGGCGAAGAAUCGGUGGCUUCUCAGGGUCCCUAAUGGAAUGAAGACAAAGAAACGCGACUCGGAUCAAGAUGUGAUCAACCAGCUCCAGCAAGCUCUAUACCCAGAUGGCCAGUUGGCAGAUGCGGACGGCGAACCUGAGGAUGUCGAAGAUAUAGCUCUACCAGCCCCCAAACCUACCCUUCCCAGGGCCGAGUCCCCUCCUCUCAGCCCCGAGGUCCUAGCGAAAAGACAGGAACGACUUGCCAAACUCCAGGCCGAGUCUGCUGAGCGUUGGGCGGCACGAAAGCGGCGCCGUCGGACUCGUGGCUGGGCUGGUCUGCCAGCUGAUCCUCCAGGACCUCCUCGAUUUCCCUCCGAGACCACGAUCGAUGAGAGUAAAGCCUUCUUGAGCCUCGACAACAACCUCUACCGCGAUCUCCGUACUCGCUUUCAACGGAUAUGCGAAGAAGCAGACAUUAUUAAGAAAACAAUCGCAGGACCAGAACGGUGGGAAGGUGCCAAGGAUAGACUUAUUCAGGAGAGCCCACAUCUGCAAUCGGUAUUCUGGCACGGCGAGGAGGAUCGAGGGGAACGGAAACUGGCCCUGGAUGUUGUAUGCAGCGAUGUCACCAAGAGGAUGCGAACUUUAGAGCGCCGCAUGACAAUCGCUGAGGCCAAGAACACCCUCGGUAUCAACCCAGAAGAGUCUCGCCAGCUGCGCAAUGCGUUCUACUUGAUAUUAAAGGCCGACCACUUUACAAGCAAGCUCGAGGCUGGCGAGGACCAUUGGAAGGAACUGAAGACCCAAUGGAUUAAUAGCUCAGACCUGUUGCUGAGCAUCCUAGCGCCGGGAGAUGCUGAUCCUCAACACCAAAUCAAAGUCAAAGCUAUGGAGGUCCUCUGCAGAGAUGUUAUGAAGCGUCUCCGUGAUGACCAGACCAAGCGUGAUCCCACCCGGAAGAAGAAAUUUGAUUCGAAUUUUACGGCCCCGGAUCCCGUUGCCGAUCAAUCUGGCAACUCACCAGACUCGAACGGUUUUCCGCCUAGCACUCACACAGCUCUUGUCCAGGCAGCAUCCCAGGCCCAGGCCCAGACUCCGGUUCAAGCACCAUCUAGAGCUCAACCUUACGUUCAGCCUCAUCCCCAACCUCAUACGCAGCCUCAAGCUCAAUCAGGGUUAUUGCACCGUGCCCAGGCGCAAGCUCGACAGGUUCAAGGUCAGCCACAUGGCCAGGUUCUGGUUGAUCAUAAUAAUAUGCAGAUUGACCCAUCGCUGCUUCUAGCAGCCGCCAACGAUCCAUCUCUCUUAAACCGUGGUAUGCAGAAUCAAUUCUCUGAUCAACAAUACGCAGAUCAGCAGUAUGUUGCCCAGGCAGCCCAAGCAGCGUUCACUCCAGCAUCAUCGAUCGCGUUUUACUUCCGUUUGCAUCCUGCUUCUGAAAUUCAGACAAAUUCCAGGCUGUGGGUCAGCACGUUAAGCUCGGUUUCUGUAGAUGAAUUACGACAACUUGCGACAGUUAAAUUUCCUGGAACAAUUGCUCUCCGCAUUGAAGGCGUCAUUAAACAGCCAAAUGGGCAUGAAAUGACACUACCGAUUGAUCAGGAUGAAGAGUUAGGGGCAUAUCUAGCGGAGAUCAAUGGCGUCAAGCCCAUUUUCUCAGUCCAACUCGUUGCAGCAUGGAAGAAUGAUUAG